CAGAGAUAGAUAGAUAGAUAGAAGAUAGGACACAGUUUGGUAUAUAAAGAGUAUGGUGAGGGGGGAGAAUCAGUACUUCAUAAACACUCAACAUGUACAAGCUUCUCGUCGCCUCUGCUCUGCUCGCCCUUGUGGCUGCUGAUGGACCCCCUGCCUAUGGACCACCCGCUCCAUACAAGGAGGAGAAGCUUGCUCCCCAACCCUUCGCCUACGAGUAUGGAGUCAAUGACGACUACAGCAAGGCCAACUUCAAGAAGACCGAGACCCAGGAUGCCUCCGGAAACGUUGCCGGAUCUUUCGUGAUCGCUCUUCCCGACGGUAGGAUCCAGACCACCACCUACACCGCCGAUCACUACAACGGAUUCAUCGCCGAUGUUACCUACGAGGGAACCCCCGUCUACCCCCCAGAGCCCGCUGGUGGAUACGGUCACGCUGCCCCCAAGGCUGGAUACCAUGCAUAAGUUCCAACUAUACAUACUGAUAUAGAAACCAAUUUCCUGCGUUCAUACCUUUAUCCUUUCUGCCUUCCUACCUUCCUACCUUCCUGCCUUUAUUCCUUUAUCCUUUAUUUCUACUACUGCUAGGCUUCCUGUCUAGAUAGACUCAACACAUCCUGUCUUCCUGCUGCUUCCAUGACAGAAAUGUCACAACUUUUAACCUGGUGAGCAAAUUAGGAACUACAAAAGGUUCGCCUUGGUUCCUUUUCUGCUUUCUUCUUCUAUAUUUCUCCUCUAUAGAGGAUUGUUUAUGUUUGGAUCUUACCUUAUUAUUUAUUUAAAUAUAACAGUAAACAAA